AAGUUCUCCUUCAUGCAUCAUAGCAAUUAUGCAAGCAAUACAGGGAAAGCAAAUUCACAACAUCUUUAAAUGGGUGGCAUGAACUCUCCUAUUAGGAAUCGUUUCUGGAAAUAAAUAAUGAGCCUCUCAGUCCUUAUUGCAUAAAUACAAUAUUCCAGAUACCCCUAAAUUAAUCUGAUGAUAUUUUAUACUUCAUUUAAGUAUUUACAUGUAAUGAAAGUUAUGUAAUGGCAAUGUGAGUCUGACACUGAGUUCAGUUAGUCAAAGAGGUAUCAUGUCCAUUACCUAUGGUGCUAACCUGCAAUUCCCUUUUUCUUUUGCUUCCCAUUUCUCGAGUCUCUGAAAUUGGGGGAAGUGCUAGGAGUGUUGUAGUCCAAUUCCUUGCCCUAAGCCAGGAAACCCUAAAACUAAUAAACCCCUGUGAACCCACAACCUCACCAAGUAGAUCAAUUUUUAAAAAUUACAUCACCUUCUCCUUACAUGUAAGGAAACACAAGAUAUUGCCAUUAUGGAUUAUUUAAACAUGUCAUAUUAUAUUCUUUUAAAAUAAUAAAGUUUUUUACUUAUGAUUUACUAUUUUAAAAUAGCAGCAAACAUAAUAGCAAGAUCUCAUACUGCAAAUAGUGGGCACUGAAAUCAACACAGGACACAUUACUGGUCAAUGGGACUAUGCUAUACACACAAGACCUUUGCAGGACAAAGGGCAUUACUGCAAUUAUAAAAUAUCAUUGAAUAUUGAUUUAAAUGUUUAUUGCCCUGUGUCAGUCCAAAAGUUGAACUUUCAUAUAUGAGAGUUACAUGUUGAUUUUUAAGAUGACCAGUGCUGUGUAAAAAGCACAGUGGGUGUGUGUGUCAGAAUUGUGUGUACAAAAACUACAGUACUCUCAACCUCUACAAGGAAUCACAAGUCCUUGUCACUCUGCAGUGAGAGCAGCUUUAUCUACAACAAUCCAUACUUUUAUCAACUUAUCAUUCUCAUGGCCGUUGCGGCAUUGUCAUCCUGACUAACACAGCUUGCAUGUAAAAGAUUAAUGAUACUGUGUUAUUAUUAUGGUUAUCAAUUUAAGUAUGAAAAAUUUAAAUAUUAAAUAUACCAUGAAAAUGUGAGGCCUCUACUAAAGGAUGCCAGUUUUCCAAACUGAAGAUGUAUAAAACUAGCCUUUAAGCUAUAUUUGAGAGAAGCUCCACACAAACAACAAGGAUGUUACUGGUCCUCCGGUGGGACCCCGAAACUCAAAAAACACCCCUGCACUCACAGCCCAAUGCAAAGCAUGCUUACUCAGAGGGAAACCUGGCUUUCACUCUUGAAUAAGUAUGCAAAGGCUGGUGCUGCACUCUGAGGUUUCCGGGCCUGCUAGGCAGGGGUUUAUCCUCGCAUUGUCAACAACCCUUUAGGACUACGUCUCCAUCUCUCCUGGAAUAUUUUCGCGGCGUCUCAAAAUGGAACGGCUAACCGUAUUAAUGGACAAGCCCUCAAGCAGAUCCUUUCGACGGCGGGAUCAUUGUGUCAGCAAGAAGCUUUUGGCGGCCCUUCUCGGCUGUAAAUUUAGCAACGCCCGCCCCCCCUUCCCGCUUCGUUAAGGGUCUAAUUCUAACCCGACGAGCCCCGGCGACAGUCGGCAGGCAACGCGGGGCGCGGAAGAGGACCAGAGGGGCCCUUCCCGCUUUCGGAUCUCCCUCCCCGCGGCGGGCGGCUGCUUCCUCGGACAUAAUCAUGCAGAAAUAGAUCUUAUUUAUUUGUGUUUGCACGCGGGGGGGGGGGUGUUAUUAAUAUCCCAGCGUGGCCUUCCCUUCCCCUCCCCACCACCCGCUUCCCCCGAGCUUUCCCUUCUCACCCCCUUGGGCCAGCGCAGGCUUAAGCCGGGGAUUACCGUUAUUAUUUUUAAGCGAGGGGGGCGGCGGGGAGGCGGCGUUUGGGCGCCUGCGGAGCAACCGGCUGUCAACGCGGGGAGGAAACACCGGCGGGCCGAGAGGGACGGAAGCGACCCGCUCGGUGACACCGGGUGACCGGGGGGGGGGGAGACACCUCGUCCUGGCGGAUCGGGGGCGAUCGCCUCGCGCCUUCCCUCCAACGCUCCCAACACGCGCGGCCGGGCGGUUGCUCUCUCUCUCUGGAAGUUACCUUGAACCCUCCCGGCAGAGAAUCCAGAGACGAGGAGGAGAAAAAAGCAGCAGCAGCAGCAGCAGCAGGAGCAAGGCCCCGAUCCCCGGCGGAGGCGGCGAGGGCGAGCCGGGCCGGCGCGCGUGUGCCUGCGCCUCUCUCUGGCCGCGGCGCGGUUCCUGCCGCAGGAGCAGCGGCAGCCUGGUAGGCCUCGGCGGCCUCCCCCAGCGCAGGGCGGCGUUGGCGGCUUCGGGAAUCAGUGGCGAGCGCGGCGGCGGCGGCGGCUUCUCCUCGUCUUUCCCUCCGGUCCCAUGCGCUGCCGCCCUCGGCCCGCUCCCGCCCUCCUUUCCCCCCAACGACACGGCGGCGGCCGCCCGAAAGGCCUCCUCCUCCUCCUCCUCCUCCUGCGGUUGUAGCCGAGGCGGCGGCGGCUUCUCUCACAUUCCCGGCGAGGCGGCCUCGGGGAAGGAGGGCGAGCGCGGCCCGAGCUGCCUUCGUUCGGGGUGCGGCGAGGAGGAGGAGGAGGAGGGAGGAGAAGCGGCGGCGACGGCGGGCGCUGCUCUUGCUGCUGCGGAAGGUUUUCUCGGGCGGCCUCUUUCCCUUUCUCCCCGCCUAAUGUCGCUGCGGCUGCGGCAGCUCUCGCUCGUCCCUAUUGUCAGUCAGUCAGUCAGUCACUGAGCUCCGGCCAUGGCCCUCUCCCGUCUCUCUCUCAAACACACACACACACGCUCGCUCGCGCCCUCUCCCGCUUUCUCCGGCGCGCGCACGCGCUCUCGCUCUCUCUCACACACACACACAUACACCGUCAGUCAGUCAGUCAGCCGAGCCAGCCGUUCAGGCCCCCGCUCGCAGCCGAACAUGCUGGGACCCUCGAGGCCCCGCCUCGCGCCCACGCCCCUCGGGAGGAUGGCGAUGGAGGGGGGGGAGGAGGAGGAGGAGGAGCCGAGGCUGGGCGUGCGCGUGCCGACACCGUUGACGUCCGCCGCCGCCGCCAGAACGUCCGACGCGAAGCCUCAUUGGGCCGGAAGCAAGUCGGUUCCUCCGCCUCCUCCUCCUCCGGCCCCUUCUCGCCUCAAGUGGCAGCAGCGAAAAGAGGACAAGGCCGCGGCGGGAGGCGAGUGGUACGGGCGUUUUCUGUCAGGGAAGGGAGACCGGCGGGCUCGCGGGGAGAGGCGAGGGUGGGUGGGUUGGUUGGUUGGUUCUCGCCGCCCCCCCUUCUCCCCCGGAGUCCCGCGGUCCUCCUAUCUCCCACAACGGCCGGCGGCGGCGGUCUCCUGAGGGAAGCGGGGUGCUGCGCGCCGACCGCCGGGCCUUUGCGAGGGGUCAGCUUCCGCCUGGGCUCUGGAAAUUAAGGGACUUGGGGGGGGGGUGCGGGGAUAUUUUUUUUCUGGGAAGGCUGAGGUAAGUAUUCACACGUGACGCAUUUCUCGACGCGUGGAGGAAGAAGCGGAAGCUCGCUGGCCGUGGCCCGUGUCGCCUUUUCGCGGAUGCCGCGCGCGCGCGCGCUGAUCCUGGGAUCGCCCCUUUUCUCUACGAGGCGGAUUUUGUUAUUAUUUUGCGGAGCAGCUGCCUGGCUUGUGGGGAAAGAGGAAGAAAAGCUACCCGCGCGACGUUUCCGAGAGAGAACCCACAAAACAAACCCCGCGGAGCGGUUUGCGCGCUGGUUUCAGGUGCGAUCCUAUGCCUACCUGCCUGGAAGCGGCAGCCUGGGGCGGAGACGUCUGAGAGGAGCCCAGCAGCGAGGAAGCCCCUGGAGCCUGUGAGAGCUUGGCGCCUAUCUGGGUGCUGCUUCCAGGCUGGAGAGGCAGCUGAAGAAAGGCAGCUUGGACAUCAGAGAAGAGGAGAAGUUACAUGUUCUUCUGCCCUGCCCAAAUAACUUUUGGCCGUUUCGUUGCCUAAAAGAAGCUUGUUUAGUAGGCGUGGGUUAGUGUUCCAGGUGCAGUGAUGCGCCAGCUGUGACAGAUUGCAGGAUGCAGCAUGGUCUUGCCUUGCCUCUUCCUUUGGCCAGUCACUAUACAUGCCCUGGGAAUUUGUCCUCACUGGGGUGUUGUCCUGACUACAUAUGGGGAUUCGUAUGAUGAAAUACUCCAGCGUCCAAAAGUAUUUCCUCUGUGUAAGGAAAUUAGCUUGCCAAGGAGAAGAUACUGUCCUAGCUUCUGUAUAAGGUUUCCACAUGGAGGGAGGGAGUGAUGGUGCUGGUUUUUGUAUGGAGAAGUGUUGCAACAUAUGAAAAACCCCACCCAAAAUUCCAGACCAGCCAUGCCACUUCAUUGCUUAAGAAAGAAUUAGGGCUCACAUCUGGGGCCCAAUGAGUUGAUGAUGGGGACAGUCAAUGCAAUUUUUCUAGAAAAAGAAGUGCUGGAGCUCACCAAGAAAUUCUCCUUUGUUCUCUUAGAAUGGCAAUGGCACCUACUUGAGAGAUUCCAGAGCUGAGUUCAGGUGAGCUCUGACUGAAAAUAAAGCCCUGGGGACAGCCAUGUUUGUUUGCCCUAUAUGAAGUUGGGGGUUGCAAAAGGUGUCUGGAGGAAAUAGACUGGAGAACGGCUGUAGCUCUUAUGGUAGAGCUUUUGAAGUUUCAUAGUUCCCAAUAAAUAGUGUAACCAUGUACAGAGUGCACUUCCCUUGCCAAUGACGAAUCCUUUUAAAAUAAAAUGAUCUUACAAUACAGCAGUAUUUCAGACCAUGCUAUAUUGCCAUUAUAAUUGCAAAGAAAGGAAAGCUGCAAAAUGUUGGCAAGGAGCUCAUUCUACUAGCCAGAAAAGUAGUAAUACAAAUGGUUAUGAAAUUGAAUGGAGGACCUAUUUUGAAGAGGAUUGCACUGAAUAACAAUUCCCCUCAGCACCUUGAUGAUGAGGUAGCCCAUGAUGUUCAAAUAACAGUGACUUCAGCAGUUUAAUUUCCUAUCCAGCUGGGCAAGUCAGUGUUUGGAAAUUGUAAUAGUCUUUUGACUUAUGUAAGGUAUUGCGGUACCAGCAAAAGGUGCACAUUCAGUCCGUUUGCCAAAUCAUUUAAAGGUGACUUGAAGGGUGAGGCGAUCUUCCUGUGCUUGGAGGAGUAUUUUGAGAAAUACGACAAUCCACAGGUAAUAUUGCAGCAGUUGCUUCCAGUGGGACACCAGCAGUGAUUGGCAAGUACUGUGGAUCCCCCCCAAAGUAAAUAAAUAACUUUAUUUUUGAACUAAAUAUCAUGUUAAUGUUUCUUGCUUGCAGUUGCCUGCAGUCCAGAUCUCUGAGGAGUAAAUUUGCCACUUCCAUCUUGGACAUUCUCCAUCAUUUUGAGCCCCUCCAAAGCCUAGAGCACUCUUGGAGCUCCAGGUGACUAGGAAUCACACCAUUGCACUGUCAGCCCCUGUAGUUCUUGAUCAUGGAGCCUGCUCUGGAACUACCACAGAGAUACAGAUGGUGGGCUGUACACAGCUCUGGUGUAGAACCAGUUCUCAUGAUUGGUAAUGCUCAAGGAUGUGGACAAGGUACUUGAAUCAGUGAGGGGACCGCUUCCCCUCUGGAUCUUUGCCCUCAUGGCUGAUAAAAACUAGCAGGCAGAGGACAGCAUGCUGGGCUAGGGAGGUGGUUAAUGUCUCCCUGCGAGACAGGGUGGUCCCUGCCUGCUUGAAGGAGGCAGGGGUAAGACCACUCCUUAAGAAGCCUGCCCUGGAUUCAGAAAAUCUUAAGUAAUUACCAGCCACUUGCCAAUCUCCUCUUCUUGGUAAGGUUCUUGAUUGCAUCAUCGCAGAUCAGGUUCAGGCACUCUUGGAGGAAACUGAUUUUCUAGAUCCAUUUCAGUUGGGGUAUAGGCCUGGUUUGGGCACAGAAACUGCUUUGGUCACCCUGUAUGAUGACCUCUGUCAGGGGAGGGGGGGAAAUGUGUCCCUGUUAAUUCUCAACCUCUCAGUGGCUUUCAAUGCCAUAGACCAUAGUAUCCUUCCGGAGCAGCUGUAUGAGUUGGGGGUAGGUGGGUGGCACUGCUUUUCAGUGGUCAGAUAGUCUAUUCCAGAGGUUGAUACUUUUAGCAUGUUCUUCAGCCCUGUGGAGCCUUCAUUGUGGGGUUCCUCAGGGUUCAAAUUUAUCCUCUAUGCUGUUUAACAUUGACAUGAAACCACUGAGUUGGGUCAUCCAGUGUUUUGGAGUACGUUGUCAGCAAUAUGCUGACGACACACAGCUCUACUUCUCCUUUACAUGGGUGUGCAGGACAGUUGUUUUGCCUUGGUAAGAGACUGGAUGAGAGUCAACAAAUUGAAGCUCACUGAGGCACAGUUAGUGGGUAGUUCCCUAUACCAAAUGGAUGGGCAGUUGCCUUCUCUUGAUGGGGUUACACUCCUUCUGGAGGAGUGGGUACAUAGCUUGUGGGUGCUCCUGGAUCCUUUGCUGUCAUUUGAGGCUCAGGUGGCCUUUUGCAAUGUUAAGUGAAAAUAGUAGUAAAAUUUUCACCCAGCUGCCUCUGCAUACAAUAGUACAGUGACUCUCAAAGGAAGAUUGUUUACAAAGACUAGCCAAUUCAGCUGUAGAACUUCUGAAAUAUGUGGAACCAUCACUGGGUAAUGAGUUGUUGCACUGUAAAGAUCAUGUCUUAUUUUGAUGACUUACAUUGCAAAUUUAAUGAAAUACAAAAAAGCCUGCAAAGGAAAGGCAUUACUACCAUUCAAACUCAAACUAUAAUACCACUAUUUCACAAACUUGCUGCACCUGUAAUGGGGAGCUGAGAAUAAUACUUCAGAAAAUGAACUAUUGAUCUAUACAACACACCUUUCCUGAAUUGCAGGGGGUGGACUAGAUAACCCUCAAGGACCCUUCCAACUACAGUGGUACCUCUGGAUGCGAACGGGAUCCGUUCCAGAGCCCUGUUCCCAUCCCGAAGCAAACAUAACCCGUGUCUGCGCAUGCGCAGGUCACAUUUCGGCGCUUCUGUGCAUGCGCGUGACGUCAUUUUGAUGGUCUGCGCAUGCGCGCAUGGUGAAACCCGGAAGUAACGCGCCGCGGAGCGCAACCUGAAAAUGCUUAACCCAAAGCAUAUUCAUCCCGAGGUAUGACUGUAUAUGAUUCUAAUAUUUUAAGGUUUGUUUUGAAUACUUUGAAAUUACAGAAUGCAGUUUUCUGAUUGGAUUAGGAUGUAUCUCUGCUCUACUUGCAAACAGGAAGUGCAAAUGUGGAGCCUAACCUACAGCAGGAAUUCAUCUAAAUAAGCAUGAAUUUUGAGGCAAAAACACUUUUCAGUGGUAGCUAGAGCAGUGAGAACUGCUGUCAAAUACCCAAACCACUGCAAGCGUAUUCAGGUCCAUGCAGAGUUAAAGCUGGAUUCAUAUAUAUUUGUGCUCUUCUGAACAAACAGAGAAAUGGGCUGAACAUUAAGGAACAGUGAUACCUACAGCCAAAUAUUCAUGUACUUGUUGAAGCUCAUUAAAGUUAAAGGUACCCCUGCCCGUACGGGCCAGUCGUGUCCGACUCUGGGGUUGCGCGCUCAUCUCGCUUAAGAGGCCGGGGGCCAGCGCUGUCCGAAGACACUUCCGGGUCACGUGGCCAGCGUGACAAGCUGCAUCUGGCGAGCCAGCGCAGCACACGGAAACGCCGUUUACCUUCCCGCUGGUAAGCGGUCCCUAUUUAUCUACUUGCACCCCGAGGUGCUUUCGAACUGCUAGGUUGGCAGGCACUGGGACCAAACGACGGGAGCGCACCCCGCCGCGGGGAUUCGAACCGCCGACCUGACGAUCAGCAAGUCCUAUGCGCUGAGGUUUUACCCACAGCGCCACCCGCGUCCCUUGAAGCUCAUUAGAAAAGAUUAAAAAAUAUGUAUUGUUGUUAUUUGCACUUUUUCACUAUAUAGAUAAUGGUUCAUAGUAAUAGUGAUUGAUUGAUUGAUUGAUUGAUUGAUUAGUAAAUGUUGAUUAUAUAUUGAUAUUUCUUCACUUGCCUUCAUUUACAUUCCUAAGAAUUUGGUUUGGGAUCAGCAACAGCUUUAUAAACUCAUCAAGGGCUCAGUGGAUGUUGGGAAACCCUGGUGUAGUAGAAUCAUAGAAUCAUAGAGUUGGAAGAGACCACAAGGGCCAUCGAGUCCAACCCCCUGCCAAGCAGUAGAUAAGACUAGAUGGACUAAAAGUGUAAAUGUAGAACAGCUGCUUAUGUUCAUCCUGACAAAUAAACAUACACACACCUUACCUUGCCGUGCCCCAUCACUUCAGACACUUUUCUCAUUGCCUGGCUGACAUCUGGCAUUGCAACCAGACCAGAAGAAAAGUGCCUGAAAUAACAGAACACAGAGAGAUAAGCUAUAGGAGGACUCUGCUUCCUCAUACCUGUAUGCACCUUUUCUAAAAAUUAUACACCAUAUCCCACCCAUCCUUUUUGUUGUUGUUGUUGUUUACAUGAGCAUAGCAAAUAAGAAUAAUAAAAUGCCCCUUCAUUAGAUUCAAGUUGGACACCCAACAAUAAAGGGUGUUUUAUCUCUUUUUUUAAAAAAAUAUAUAUAUUUAUUGAGAAUUUUAAGAUUACAAAGAAACAAAGAAGAAAAAAACAAGUAACAUUUAAACAAUACGAAUCAAUAAAAAAAACAAGGUCAAAGAGAGAAAAAAACAAAAUACAUAAUACAUCAAAAGCAAAAAGCAAAAAUAGACAAAAAAUUUAAAAACAAAUCCAAUAUUCCCAAAUCAUUAACUGUCAUUACCUUGUUUCAUCGACCUCCUCACACCUCCCUUUUUUUGUAUUCUAGUUGUUAAUUAUCUCAGCAAAUCCUUUCCAUCUUUCAUAAUAUUCUCUCAUUAAAUUACCUUAAUCUAUUUUAACCUUAUCUUACCAUAAAAGGCCCUAAAACUUAAAACUUAAAUCUUAUUUAUACCAAAUUCUCUUAACCAUGACAUAUUCUUACAUAAUUCUUUUUAACAUUUCUGCUAAAGCCAAAUAAUUUCAUUCCAACAUUUUUCUAAUACUCUUUACUUUUACAAGAUUUUCCUAAAUAAAUUGUUUAAAACUUUCUCCCAAUCUUCAUCCAACGUCUCUUUCUCCUGGUCUCGGGUUUUGUCAGUCCUUUCUAUCCCAUCCAUCUAGUCCAUCAACCUGGUAACCUUAUAUCCGAGGCCCUUGGAUCUCUUCCAUGUCCCAUCCGCAGAUCUUCUUCAUAUUUAUACCUGUGCUUUACUUUGUCUUCUGCUCCUUUCACUCGGGGAGACUCCAGCUUGACAAUGUUUUUGUCCCUUCUCGACAGAUCAGCCCCUUUUCCAAAGUCAACACUGAACUCCAUGUGGUAUUUAAAAGCAUGUUUCAAAGUCCCUCCAAAGUUAAGGGCCCGCACAACUCCGAGCGCCUCCCGGCCCAAAGCCAGACUUGAAAGGUCAAAACAUUCCUGCAUAGGGGGGUCUAUCCAGCCCCCCAUCUCCAAGCCAAACAGAACUCUGUCUCUCCAAAUCUGGCUUUCUCCAGGUUCAUUCGUCAAGUCCAACAACUCAUGUUCCUGCUGGGCCACAGUUCCCUCCAUCUCUGCCUCACUAGGUCCAGCAACAACCUCCUCCCUCAUCUGAUCUGUCAAAGCACACUCCUGAGUUAAUUCCUGAGUGGGUUCUAUAUAGGUACCCACUGCCUGUCCAAACUUUCCGAUCCCAACAGUCAUCAAAUCCAUCUUCUCAUGUAACUGUUCCAAUAAAGCACUUGUCUUACAAAAGGCCAACACCAGAGCCUCCGAGUACAUUCUUGUUGAAGGUCAGAGUCUGUUCCCACAAUCUUAAUCUAUUGCAGCUGCAAAGCUCCCCAGUUCGGAUUUAAUAACAGUUUCACAAGCUCCCUCUAGGGGAAAAGCUUCUAUUUGUAUCCAUCUCUCUCUCUUUUUUUUUUAAAGCAAAUCUAACAACAAAGUUUCCUUUUUCAGAUAUUUUGUCAAUAUUUUGUUCCUUUUAGAUGCGAAGGGGAACAAUGGAAUCAAUAUGUUUCUCUUCUUUUAACUAUCUGUCAAAAACGUUUGUCUAUAGUCAAUGAACUUCCCGAAGACGUCUGUCCUGACACCCCGCUCCCAGGUUCAGGACGGUGGAGAAUUGCUUUUCUUUACUUGUCUUCUGCAAGUUUAAUCAGUCCAGAAAAAGUUCCCCCCUUUUCUCCUGCUUCCAAGGGGGGUUCAGUAAUUUUAAAUGAUGAAAAUUGAUCCUUUACAGACGAUUUUCUAAGCUCUAGCUUGCCGUGUCUUUGCUUCAAUCUAUUUACAAAAAGCGGAAGGCAGACUUCCUGUUUAGAGCUUCCCGCUUCAGUGCCAAAUUAAAAGAAAUUUCUUAUUCCAAUUUUCCGUUCUACUCACGGACAGUUAUUUAAGCUCCAAUUGUCCACAGGAAAAAGUCAGCGCUCUCCGGCAACAGCAAUGCGGCUUCACUCCGUGAAAGAAGCAGUCGAUUCAAGGCACCGCGCCACUCAACCCACGUCGCUCCGGAACCCCGAAAUCGGGUUUCCCCGUGAGUAGGGGGGGCGCAAAGGUGCCGGCCGAAUCCCACGUCCACAGGCUUCUCCCGCCUCUGGUUUUUUGAUGGGUCUCCGCCUCGCCGUGGCGGUUCAGACCCUGUUUUCUACGGAGCGGAUUCCUCCCGAUCGGAGGAAAUCCGCCAUUGCCAGAGGCGCCAACCCGGAAGUCCAAAGGGUGUUUUAUCUCAAUGGUAUAUGUGAUAGCAAAGAGAUUAUGUUGAAGGAUACCGUGCUACCAACUCCUAUCAUGUGACAUGCAGAUGUCUGACCUUGAAGCAAAUGAAAUAUUAAUUUGUAAAAAGCACAGUAAGUAUAACACAUUUGAAAAUAUUUAGCUUCCUUUUUCGUGUAGCUUAUUUGAAAUAUUUGAUUAUAGUGUGGAAAACCUCAUUGAGAAAUUAGAUAUAAUUAUAUGCUGAUCAGUAUGUGAUAUGCUGAGUUGCACAAUAUUUUUCUAUAGAAUUAUUGAUUUUAUUGCAUUAUAUUUAUAAAGUAUGUUACCUGGAGGAAAGCAGUUAUAUCUCAACACUUUUAAUUGCCUACCAUGCUCACAGUGAUACGAAUAAAUAUUAUUAAAGGUUGCCGUCUUAAGCACACUUGAUAGUGAAUAAGGCCUGUUGAGCUGGAUAGGACUUAAGAGUAAACACACUUAAGGACUGUGUUGAAAGGGGUGGGCUUUUCCACCCUUUUAAUGCAUAUUUAUGCUAAGGAGGUGGCAUUUAACAUGGAGCAUGGUGAUACGAUUUUAUGAGUGUGAUGUUAAAAGUUGGUGUUGACUAUUUUUGCUCAGACCACUUGUACAGCUAUUGCUGUUAGACUCUAUAGACUCUGUAUCUAAUAAAGUGUACUCUGGUCCACAGAAGCUCAUACAAUAAUAAAUUAGUUGGUCUUUAACCAUCUAACUUGAAGCUUUAAACUAAAGCAUCAAACAUGGCUAGUUCUCUGGGCUUAGGUGACGACCCUUAAUCAUUUUCUCUAAAACGUUCCCUGUAACUUUUUUCAAGACUGCUAUUACAACUUAAGAGAUUUGAACACUGGAAGCUAUGCAGUAAUUAAGGUGGUUUUUGUUUUCAGUCAUUUUAAAUAUGCCACCUUUAUUUAUGUGUGUAUGACUAUGAAUGGUAUUAUAAAGCACCCAAGAUUGUGAAACACUGCAAUUAAAGUAGAUCACAACUGCUUUCCAAGAAACUGUGUGUGUGUGUGUGUGUGUGUGUGUGUGUGUGUGUAGUGGCUUGAAUAUCUUUUGGCUGUUUAAUACAUAAUGAUAUUUGUGUUUGCUGAUAGAAAUUACAGUUGCGCGGCUCUUGGCUUUCAACAUUCAGUGAUAUUCUGCUAAAAGCCACUAGAGAUGGCUUUUACAAAAUACAGAUCAACUGUUGAAAGAAUGAACACCUGACAACUGUAAUGUUUGGGACAUACUGUUCUGGCUAAGAAUCCCUGCCCAGCAACACUGUGUGAGGCAGAUUUCAGUUGAAGAUAGUACAUGUUAAGUAAAGAUGAAGAUAGAAUUCCUCAGAGGACCUGUCAGUGUGGAGUAGGCAAGUCAGAAAACUGGAAGACAGCAGCUACUCCUCCCAGCUGUCAAAGCCAGAAAUUCUAAGAUAAUUUGCAUAAUUCCUUCCUGUUGGAGCAAGUGGGAGGAGUAAUCUCCAGGAUACAAUUAUCAGCUGAUGGAAAUGCAUUAUUAGCAGCAAUUAUUUUCCCAAUACUGCUUUGGAGUAUAUUUAAAUGGGGGGGGGGAGGAAUCUUACAUAUUAGGUCUAUUAUAAUCUCAUAAUUUAGGAUUGUUUUGUCAAUAAUUGUUCAGUCACAUUCCCUUCUGUAGAAAACAAGAAAUUUACUAGCUUCAUAUAUAGGCUGAUGAUGUCUGAAUAGGUGGUGACUGGAAAAGAAAACUUGAGAGUCAUGGGGUGGCACAGGGAAAAAGUAACCCUUGUUUGCUGGAGGUGAACAGCAAAUUCCUUGGUAGGUUCCAAGGCAUAGUAUAAAGGCAUACGAUGCAGCUGAAGCUAGGCAGGUCUCUGUCUGGCCAGUUCUUGAAUGGGGAGAACCCCAUGUAAUUACCGUAUUUUUCGCUCCAUAAGGCACACCUCACCAUAAGACGCACGUAUUUUUUAGAGGGGGAAUGCAAGAAAAAAAAUUAAGGGACUGCUGAGCAGAGCCCGUAUGAAUCCCAGGCUCUGCUCAGCUCUCCCUUUCACGAGCCGCGAGGAGCCUGUGUGCGGCGCUUGCAGGCUUUUCCCCAAGGAGGGAGAAGGGCAGCCCGUCACUGACGGGCUGACUUUCUCCCUCCUCAGGGAACAGCCCCCAAGAGCCGCACACACGCUCCACGCGGCUCUUUAAAGGGAGCGCAGCUCUUGGGGGCUUUUCUGGGAGGUGGGGGAAGGGACAGAGCUGUGCGCUCUGUCCCUUCCCCCACCUCCCGCAAAAGCCAGGGAUAGCCUCGCGAAGCCUCCACAGGGCAUGGGGAUGAAGGCUCCCCGUGCUUUCGGAGGCUUCACGCGGCUAAGCCAGAAGCUAGAACAGCUAGAGGGAGUGCUGCACACACACAUUUCCCCUUACUUUUUAGGAGGGAAAAAGUGUGUCUUAUAGAGCGAAAAAUACGGUAUAUCAUCUUGAGAGUGGGAAAGGGGUAUGACAUAGCAGCCAACUAAAAUAAAGGGCUGAAAUUCCUUCGAUAUGAAGAAACGUUAAAAUGUCUGGAGCUUUAGAAAAAGGUGUUGAAUAAGGGGAGACGUGAUUGGGGUUUAACAAAUUAUCCGGUUGAUAGAAGUGGGGAGGGGAAAUCACAGGGGAGUAUUGUUUGCCUUUCUGUCCUGCUUGUGGACUUCCUGACUGGCCACUGUUGGGAGCAGUGUUGACCCCUGGCUCAAAUCCAGCAAGGGGUUUCUUGUGGUCUUAUCAUUCUGUCCUCAAAGUCCCAAGUGUCAUUGCAAUCCUCAAUCCAUUUUCUGACACAUUUUUCCUCUCUGAGGAUCAUGCAGCUACACUAUUUUUGGCAGCUAGCUGAAAAUAACUUCCGCUGGCAUCGAGAAGGUAGUGGUAAUUUGGAAAAUUCAGGAGAACUUUUAAAAAGUGAUAAAGGGCUGGAAAGGAACUGAGAAUGUUUUCAUCUAAAAAGAGGUGGCAUGUGCACCUCUUUAAAAAUAAAGCAUGUAAAAAAGGGGGGUGACACUUGUUUAUCCACAACAUAAGAAGUAAUGGGGUUAAACUGGAAAAAGAAAGCUUCCAAACUAUAAGGCCUGCUUGUCCGAAGCGCAAGCCAUCCAGAAAAAGCUCAAGAAGAAUCUGUUAGGAAUGAAUUCAUGUGAUUCUGGGAUUGCAGCCACAAUGAAUUUACUGUGCUAUUAUUCACAAUAUGUCUAAAAGUAUAUGUGGAAUGAAAGAGUUUUAUAAUAGAACCAAAAGUGCACCAAGGGUUCUGGUGUUGACGUAGUUCAAUUCACCAUUAUCACUUCUAGUUCGUAUUUAAGGUUUCUGUGAAUUCAAACAUCACAACAAAGGAAGCUUAGCCAAGAUUUGAUGUAGGGUUGCCACCAACAACUUAUCUGUCUGAAUUUUUGCUGUUUGAAAUAUAGCAGCCCUAUUUGAUGUAAUAUAUGCAUUGGCAAAUCAGUUUAUAGUAAGCCAGUAAACCAGAGUUAAAAAUCAUAUUUUGAAUUGAGCUUGUAAAUAAUUAUUUUACAAACACUGGUUUGGCAUGCUGUCUGAACUGGCAAAUAAUUGAUACAACAGUUGCUUUGGUUGCUGACCCAUAGAGGCACCAAUGACCUCAUGAAUUUACAAUGCUAGGUGCUUACAGGAUGGAAAAUUAAAGUAGGAAUGCAGCUCUAAAACCAUGGUUUGUAUGUUGGAAGUUCAAAACAUAGUUUCAGUUCUAUACUAUGAUUAGCACAAACUAUGGUUUGCUAUGUCUCAACUGAACUGCUGGUGGCUGCGUUUUUAUGUAUUACAGAAGCAAAAUUACCCUGAGCAAACUCAACUUAUGCUUUUAGAAAGUAUACAAACAUGACUAGUUUUGCCAGUAUGUGUAUGGGAUUGGGCAAGAGAACAUGCAUUCCAAGGAAAGCAUGAAAAACAGGCACAUCAUCCACUUUCCAUGCAACUGCAUGUGCAUUUGACCCACAGUUCCUGAUCUAAAAUUUUUUAAGUGGAACGGAUUUCCUUAACUGGAGCAGUAUGAGGAGUUGCAGCAGCGUUGAAAUUAGACUUACAUUGUACUUUUUCUUCUAAUCAGCAAACUUGCUCCUAGCUUCCUUUUCUUAUUGGUCGGCUUUCCUUUUCUUUCUUGGACAUUUCCCAUGAAUUCUUGCUUCUCUGUAUUUUUGAGAGAGGUCAGAAUGUCUUUCACUAUGUAGUGUAACUAAUGUACACCUCAUGGCCAUAUUUGCAAACAGCAGCAGCUUAAAUGUUGCAAUUGUACGCUUAAUUUACAUCUGGGUUUCUAUAAAAAUAAUUGUGAUAAUAUAUAAUGGCUUUUCUAUAUCCUGAGGCAUCUUAGUCCUCUUGAAUUAGAAAGUCAUUCUCUGAGAAAACCCAUUGAAUUUGAGGGAUCUCAGUUAAUCAUGACUGAUGUCCAUUGAAUUCAAUUGGUCUACUCAAGAGUAUGUUGCAGCUCAUUGUUGUCUUCUGCUGAUAUGACUGUGAAGCUGCACAACUACCCUUUAGCAUAGACAGUCCCACUGAAUAUAUUUGAAGAAGAAUAAUAGCUGUCCCAUUAAUGGAUCUUUUGGAAAUGCCCUUGUUCAAAAUUCAACAAAUUGCAAGCACUCAUGUUUCAGUUAUGAUCAUUUAGAGGGAUCUUUAAGAUAUUUGUCAAGAUAAUUCCUUUUUUAAAAAAAAUUGAGAGGGAUUUGAGUGCCUACCAAUCAAAAUAUCUCAGGCUGAGUCUAUAUAUGUGCCUUGCCAGCAUCUACUUGUGUUUUCUGGGAUUUGUGACCUCGUUUGUGACAUAUCUUCUGUGUCAUAUAGAAUAAAAGCUCACAAAACUGUACAAAGCCCUUAAUACUUUUAUCCAUGGUAUUAAAUUCACAAUCAGGAAAGCAAAAGGGGGGCUUUCCCCACAAAAGUAUAUUCUUACAAAUAUGGUGCAGCUUCUAAUCAAUUUUUAUGUAAGAUUGGCACAGGGUGAAAUCUUUAGUGAACUUGAAAAUGGAAGAGUGAUAUUCAUCACUUAAGUGUUCAUUUGCAAGUCCAGUUCUUAGAAUACAGUCAUAACUGUUCCGCAUGUAUGCUCCUAAUGUCUGAGCCAACUGCUUAUUUCUACCAGUAGGUAUGUGGUCAAUAUCUCAUCUAAGACUACUUUAAGGUUUUUGCAGGAAUUGGGACUUCCCUUCCUAUUUUUUAAUGUUUGGGCCAGUUAUGCAUUUCAUUUUGGUUUAAUAUUUCAUUUAUUGAGAUCAUUUCUGUACUGAUUUACAUUUUUUGAAGAAAAAAGACUAUUGAGAGAUUUGCAGCAUCUCUCUUAAAGCAUUACAAAUAUGUUAUAAAUUAUAAGAAUAGAACAUUAUAGCCAAUGCUUUUCUCUGCCGCUUUGCUUCUGUGGUUGAAGCACUGUAGGUGGGAGAUCUAUAGUUAAUUAAGGAAAUAGGGGUGCCCCACAGGCUUCUGGGAAGAGGAUGCCCCCAACCUUAAUGGCCCGAUGGAGACUGGCCAAAGAUGGACGUGAGGCCAGCACCUUACCUUGGAGGCAGCAGUGGGCACUGCUGGGACUACAUGGCAGAAAGGCUCUCCUUCAGCACCGGGUACUUGGCUUCCAGGCAGGCCUUGCACACAGCAAGCACAAGAAAGGCCAGCGCAUUGCCUGCCUGCCCAGCCUCCCACUAGUCUGUCCAUUCCCAACAGCAAGGGCUGGUGGACUGGCUGGCUGGGCUCCCUCACCCACCUGCUUGCUAACUCAGCUGAGGCCACCUCAGCUCCUGGCAACCAGCACCCCUUGGCCAGCCCCAGAGGCACCAUUUGCCUGGGGAGGUUGUAGUAAUAAUUAUUAUUAUUAUUAUUAUUAUUAUUAUUAUUAUUAUUAUUUAUACCCAGCCCAUCUGGCUGGGUUUCCCCAGCCACUCUGGGCGGCUUCCAACAAAGUAUUAAAACACAGUGGUCUGUUAAACAUUAAAAGCUUCCCUAAACAGGGCUGCCUUCAGAUGUCUUCUAAAUGUCAGAUAGUUGUUUAUCUCUUUGACAUCUGGUGGGAGGGCGUUUCACAGGGCGGGUGCCACUACCGAGAAGGCCCUCUGCCUUGUUCCCUGAAAAUUGGCUUCUUGCAGCAAGGGAACCACCAGAAGGCCCUCGGCGCUGGACCUCAGUGUCCGGGUAGAACAAUGGGGGUGGAGACGCUCCUUCAGGUAUACUGGACCAAGGCUGCUGCAACAGACAGCUGCACAAGCCUUGAGGAGGCAGAGAUGUGAGAGGGCAUAAGAGGAGGGAGGGGAGGAAAGAGGGACAGAGGCUAGUUAGUUGCCCGCGGCACCCCUGACCAUCAUUCAAGGCACCCCAGGGUGCCAUGGCACACUGGUUAAAAACACUGAAAUAAUCCUUUAAUGUGAAGUGAAUACACAGUUGCCACUGCUAAAAGAAUCGUGGAGUUUGAGGCCAGACCCAGCAUCAAUCUGCUUUGGUGGAGUAAAAAAAUGCCUUUCUGAAGUGAAACAACCGCACUUUUAUACACAACCAUGUCUAAGAAAACUCUGGUGGCCUGGCUUGUGUUUGUUUGCUUGCUUGCUUGCUUGCUUGUUUGUUUGUUUGUUUGUUUGUUUGUUUGUUUGUUUGUUUCUUGCUUGUUUGCUGAAAAGCAGCAGGAGGGAGCCGUUCUCAGUUGAGAAGCAACUGGCAGGAAAAAUAUAAUCAAACCGUUGCUUCCGCUCUGCAAAAUCACUAGCGUCCAGAAUUGCUUUUCGGCAAAGAACUGGGCUGUGAUUUCAUUCAAUUGCAUAUCUUGCCUCGUGUGUCCCUGUCAUGUCAUUUUGCUCCUGCUUCCUUUUGUUCCAUUUCACUCAUUCCUUGCUUAUUCCCUUUUGGCUCACUUUUCCGCUCCUCACCCCUUCCCAACACUCACUCUCUGCUCAUUUUCCUCCCUUCCCCUUGUUUCCAGCUCUUCUCCGUGAUGCUUUCUUCAGAAUGCUUUCUCUUCUGUCCCAACUGUCAUCGCCAACUGCUUCAGAAUACACUUGAGUCCAGAGUUCUGCCCUUUCCUGCCUCCCUCCCUCCAAAGUGUGAGAUAGCCACCUCCCUAAAGGUUCCUUUUGGGUUCGAAAAGCGAAGGAAGAUGUCCUGCUUACUCGUCAUUCGCUGUGCUUUCUUAUUACUUCCGUUCUGGGAGUUGAGCUGAAAUACAGCCACUGUGCUGAAUUAUUAUUUUCACUUGAGCUGGAAUCACAAGCAUAAAAAGUAAAAUUUUGCCCUGUCCGUUGAACCUGAAUCCACUCCCCGUGGAGGACUUAACGGCCUGUCAACCAGAUUUUGACCUGCCAUGGUGCCACUAAACUCCUGUGAAAAGGACUGGAAAAAUCCCAGAAAUUGUCAGCUGCCUAAAAUUUGCUUUGGUGCCAAAUUUCCAUCCUUCAACAGGACUCGUACUUUUUUAAAAAAACAACAACCGGAAUAGCCUUAUUCUGACAACUAAAAAUCUGCAGUAUUUUAUGCCCACUUUUGCAACAGCAAAAUUCUGGGAUAAGGCAGACUUAAUGGUUCUUAUUGAUAUUAUUUGAGUCUACCAUAAGAGACCCUUGCCUUCAUAAGGUAGCCUAUAUGUUUUGUAAUGUGUACCAAUCACUCCUACAGUCUUCAAAAUGCCAAAUGCUGUGUUGCGGCAUGAUGGCAUUAAGAACACUGAGCCUUCAACAGCUAAUUGCAUGCGUUAAUUUAAGAAUGGCACUUCCUAUAUUCAAAGCUAUCCAAUGCCUGUUGGAUUGUUAAUAGAUUUUGAUGAGGCAUAUAAAGAAAUGUCACUGACAAGUUGGAAUAAGUUUUCAUUAAGCUACAUGUUCAUAUUUCCCACCCCCUUUCAUAUUUAAAGAGAAAUGCGCUGUUAUUGCUAUGUUAAAAGCUAUAACUGACUGCAAUUAAUCACAAUAGUUUUACACUUCUGUUGUGGCCAAACUGAAUUAACAAGUUCUAAAUCUGUCCAGCCCUGUCUUUAUUGCCUUUUAGAUAGUGCCAUCUGAUGUAGGGGUGGUAUUGAAUUAAGUUAUACUCAAAGCAAAAAUAAAUGCAAAUGGGGUUAGGUUUGUUAAUUUCAGUUACUCAGUUUCUGAGUACAACUUAGUUGAAUGCCACCCUAGGAGACUGGGGUUUUAAGGAAUCUCGAUACUUAAUCCUGCCUGUAGCAUAUUGGGUGGCCUUUAGGAUAAUAAAAAAAAAAGCACCUCCCUGAUUGAUUUUGUUUUAUCUGUAGCACUGAGGUGAUCACCCAACCCAAAAAGCACGGUUGAAUAUAUGCAAACUCUCACAAUGGUUAUUGCUUUGUGGCCUUCAUUUGAAAAAUGCAUUGCUACAACUACUUUUGGAAGAGAACACCAUUUAUGUGUAGCUAGGUUUUAGGUGAUAUUUUCAGAGUGAAUUAUUCAUAAAAUAUCCUGUACUUUUUAUUGUAUAUGUUGGCUUCAUAGCUAAAGUUAUGGUAUAUGAUCCGGUUAUCUAAAAUGGUAAGAUCUAGUCACUUAAAUUCUUAAUGGCACAGACACUUUGUUUACUUAAUCCAUUUUUAAACCACCCUUCAUCAAUUAAGUUCCUAAAUUCAAUAAAACAAUAGCAUUCAAUAUCAUUGAGUUGGAAGGAACCCAAGGGCCAUCUAGUCCAACGCCUUGCAAUGCAGGAAUCUCAUCUAAAGCAUCCAUGACAGAUGGAUAUUGAUACCUUCUAUAUAUCUAUAUCUGUAUCUAUAUAUCUAUAUCUAUAUCUAUAUCUAUAUCAUCUAUAUCUAUAUCUAUCUAUCUAUCUAUGAAGCAACUUAAACAUAAAAUCUACAUCACAAAAAAACCUUAAGAUUAGUUUUGUGGGAGAUCCCAGUUCCUCUAGUGAGAAUUGUUGUAUUCAGUUAUUUCAGACUGAGCAGGAACCUAGACGGUUAAUCACUGAAUUAUGAGUGCAUCACUAAGAAUAUUGCCAUCUAAUGACUAUGACUGCAGCUAUUGCUAGAGCAUGUAACAUCUCCAGCAGGCAUUGUGCAUGGGUUUUGGUUUUGGUUGUCAUCGUAUGGAUUUUGUAUUAUGAACCAAUUCGCAACAGUUGUGGUGCCCGGAACACUCAUGUAGAUGAUUUUAGGUGAUGGACAAAAUAUGGUCACAUUGUGCAUUCAGUGAGAAUGAUGCUGACUGUACACAUUGGAGAGGGGAAGGAAAUAGUCUUUCUUCUCUCCAGCCUACAGGAUUUGCACAUUUAUUUAUUAUUACAUUUAUAUCCACCUUGCCUCCAUGUGGUUUCUCCCCCUCCCCAUUGUAUUCUCACAACAACCCAGUGAGGUAGGUCAGGCUGAAAAACAGCUGUUGUCCCAAGGUUGUCCAAUGAGCUUUGUGUCCGAGUGGGAAUUUCCACCCUGGACUUGCAAUUCUUAGUCCAACACUAGUGGUGAAGGGGGGUCAUCUCUGCUGAGAAUGUUGCCUGUAUCAUAAUAGCUAACUCUUCACAAAUCAAAAGCGCCCAUAGAAUCUCAUUCUUCCUGGAUAAUUUGUGAGCUGUUUCUUACGUAACACACAGGCAUGCAGUGAGAACAGGUAGGGCUAGAAAGAAGAGGCUGAAUGAGCUUGUGAUUUUGACCCGGGCUGUUUUGCGAAGCCACUUUAAAUAUUUGCAAAACCCACAACGAAACUAUUUGCAGGCCUGCAUAGUUUGUGCAUAACUCGGCAUGUUACAACCAAACUUCAUGUUACUAUGUACAGAUCUUGUAGGGAUUUAGGGGAUCUUAACAGGACUAGCGCUGCCGACUUUUUGUUUCCUUAUUUCCCUAGAAAACCGCUAGGGCUUACACGCUGGAACGGGUGGUACUACAUUGUGGUUGCUGAACUUGGAACGUAGGGUGGUGUUAGACAAGGCAGUGGAGCGAACCAGACAGACUUGGAAGAAGUAGCUGGCCUAGCUCACAAGGCUUCCUUUCUGAUGUAUGGAGGGUGUUAAGAACUGGACACAUACAACAUCUCUCUGAUUUCAGUGGGUGGCUAACCUGUGGCCUUCCAGCUAUCGUUGGACUACAACUCCCAUCGUCGCUAGCUAGUAGGAUCAGUGGGAGUUGUAGUCCCAACAACAGCUGGGGACCAAAGUUUGAGAAACGCUGGCCUAGCUCCACACACUCCAAAGCAUUUGCUGAUCACUAGUGUCUGUGGUAGGUAGCAUAGCAUCAGUUCCCCCACCCACUGCUGCCAUUAAGGGUCUCCUUGGUUCUUGCUUGGAAGCACAGGCGCCUACUAUCCCUGACCAUUCAAGCUACUAUGGGAACUGCGUCCAUAGAGGUGACUCUAAGAAGAGAUUUACAACAUGAGGAGUUGUGAGAGAAGAGAAAGUACCAGUUGCUGGAACCGCAGGAGGGGAGAGCGUUCUUGUGCUCAGGUCCUGCUUGUGCGUUUCCUACCUUGGCCACUGUGAAAACAGGAUUCAGGAACGUAGUGUACCUUGAUUUCAGUAAGGCUUUUGACAAAGUUCCCCAUGUCUUGCGGAGAAGCUAGUACAAUGUGUGUUCAGACUGCACCUGGAGUACUGUGUCCAGUUCUGGGCACCUCAAUUUAAGGAGGGUAUUGACAACCUGGAACAUGUGCAGAGGAGGGUCUGGAACCAAGCCUUAUGAGGAACGGUUGAAGGAGUUGAGUGUGUUUAGCGUGGAAAAGAGGAGACUGAGAGAAGAUAUGAUAUCCAUGUUCAAAUAUCUAAAGGGCUGUCACAUGGAGGAUGGAGCAAGCUUGUUUUCUGCCUCUCCACAGGGGAAUAAUAAUAAUAAUAAUAAUAAUAAUAAUAAUAAAUUUUAUUUAUAUCCCGCCCUCCCCAGCCGAAGCCAGGUAGAACCUAAACCAAUGGAUUCAAGUAAAAAGAAAGGAAAUCCGGACUAAAUAUCAGUAACAUUCUGAUUGUAAGAGCUAUUCAGUGGUGGAUGUAGUAUCCGGAAGUGCAUGGUGGCAGAAGAAGAGAGCAGGUCAUCUCCUCCAGGGUCUCCUUAUGAACCUCUUCCCAUCUGCAUCUGAUCCCUGUUGAAGGCAGAGAACACUAGAUGGACUCUUUGUAUGAUCUAGCAAGCAUUUACCAUAGCAGCACUCACAAUAUUGAUUCUGAUUAUCCAGUCAGGAUGCUCCGCAACUUCUUGCAAAGCAAAGCCGUUAUCUAGAUGCGAUGUGUUCUUGUGUAAUUUAAAAAUUCAGAAUUGGCCACAGAUUUUUCUCUUGCAAUUGAAUCCUAUUCUCAAGGUCCUGCUCUCGGCUGAACAGUAAUACUGUUUGUACACAACGUGAUAAGGACUCGAGAACAGUUUGUGCUGAUCUUUACCUGAGAGCAGCUACCAUGUCCCUCACAUUCGCAGUCUUAUGUUAGCAGGAACUGUGUACGGUUGUGGUUUUUCCAGGUCCCAGGCAUUGUUUCAAAGGAGGAUAUUUUUCAAGGCUUGUCAGUACCUCCAGCACACGAAGCAAAACGUAGUUAAGCUUGCAUUGACCCAAGCAAACCUGGGUGGAGGGUUUCCAUAGUUCUGUCAAGUUUCAACAAAACACAAACCUGCCUUCUUGCCUCUGCAUCUCCACAGGGAACUUGCACACAGCAACAGAGGCUACACUUUCCAGUUUCUCCACGUCCCUCCUCUUCCAGUGACCCUGUCGUUGCAAAAGCAACCGGCACGACAAUUUCAGAAUUCCAAAGUGGCCUAAGCGAAAUGUGAAACUUGCAGUAGUCAAUGUACAAUGAGUUCCUCCCUCGUGUAACGUCAGGAAUAAAAAGCUUGCCUACUAGGGACAGACAUUCGGGGCCACCUCAAACUCAUUUGCAACUAUCUCCUGGACAGAUAAUAUGGAAAAAUUGCAGAUCCUUCCAAGGGUCCCUAUUUUCCAGGGACAGUCCCUGGUUUACAGAACCUGUCCGUCCCGGUUUCUGAUUUGAUCCCGGAAUGCCCUGCUUCUCCUUAGGAUGUCCCUGUUUUCAUCCAAGAAGAAAUGUUGGAGGGUGUGGAAUAGGAUGUCCUUAUUUUCAUCGGGUAACUGCUGGAGGGUAAGGUAAAGGUAAAGGGACCCCUGACCAUUAGGUCUAGUCGUGACGGACUCUGGGGUUGCGGCGCUCAUCUCGCUUUAUUGGCCGAGGGAGCCGGCGUACAGCUUCCGGGUCAUGUGGCCAGCAUGACUAAGCCGCUUCUGGCGAACCAGAGCAGCGCACGGAAACGCCGUUUACCUUCCCGCUUGAGCGGUACCUAUUUAUCUACUUGCACUUUGACGUGCUUAUGAACUGCUAGGUUGGCAGGAGCAGGGACCAAGCAACGGGAACUCACCCCGUUGCGGGGAUUCAAACCGCCGACCUUCUGAUCAGCAAGUCCUAGGCUCUGGUUUAACCCACAGCGCCACCCACGUCCCCUGGAGGGUAGGUAACUGUAAUUGUCAUGUGACAUCACAUCCGGUUUAUGGUAUACAAGCAGCAGCAAGGCUUGUUGGGGAGUGACUCAAGUGCCCAUUAUGUGUGAUGAUGGACAUUUGGUUUCAAGGAUCACAUGGCUCAUAAGUCACUCUCAGCAGCUACAGACUGGAACUAGAGACUGGAAGGACCUAUCAGGAGUGAAUAUAGACCCCCGGUACAAAAAUGUAUGGGAAACUGCCCUACUAGGGAAUUUAGCCAACUUUAACUGGCAUGGGGACAAACAAAGCAGAAUGCCUUCAUCCUGGUGUGGCUCCCCUAUAUCACAUAUACAGCACAACAAUACAAUGACCUAUUCCCCCCCCCAACAGAAUAUGAAUAAAUAUGGCUUAUCUGAGCCAACAACACACACAUCCCUUCACACAUGCAAACAAACCACACAGCAACCAAGCAAACACAAACAACCACGCUCUGGACACUCUAAUCUCUCGCAAUGCCAAUAAAAAUAAAUAUAAAAUCUAAAUAUAUAAAUACGAUAGGCUUCUGGGAAAUGAUACAUAAUGAAUUUUAAAAAGAUGUUCAAAAUAGCCAUUCCCAAGAGGCCUGAAGCAUUUCUUCCAAAAGGUGCUACUAUAUAUCUGUGUGUUUUGUUUUGAGCCGCCCAGAGUGGCUGGGGAAACCCAGCCAGUUGGAUGGGGAAUAAAUAAUACAUUAUUAUUGUCAGGGGUUCAGGGACAGAGGCACAGGGUAGGCAGGAGAUGGAGAGCGAUGGGGAUGAAUCCCAGGACAGCGAGGAAGAGGAUGACAAUGACUCAAGAGAUUCCAUGAGUCUUUCCAGCGAAUCAGAGGAUUCCCAGAAGGGGGCACCGGUGGUCAAGGCCAGGAGCCCCAGGGGGACGUGUCAGGAGCAGGGGGCCAGCGGGGAUCCCAAAGUGGCAGCUGGGCGUCAGGACCAGCCUCCCCGCCAGAGUGCAGCGAAGGGGGUGGAGGUUUCAGUGUAUCGGGGAAGCGGCUCCGGCAGCAGAGAAGGGAGGGAGGUCGGAGCAAGCCACCCUCCGGGAAGGGGAGGGAGUAGUGAAGGGAGUAGUGUAGCUGUUAAAAGGAAGGUUAGAGGUUGGGCGCGCGCGCAUGGUUCAAAUGUAGAGGCGCGCGGAAGUACAGGGAGCCCGGAGGAGGGGCCAGGUCCCAAAGCCCGCAGGAGGGGGCAAGAGCAGUCUGGGGAUUCCGCGUCAGAGGAAUCCAGGAGGGGCGAAACCCCAGCGGGCAGAAAGACCCUGCGGAAAAGGAAAGAGAGAAAGAGGUGGAGCAGCGCAAGCCUCUUAAACUGGUGCAGGGGAGGGACGGAUUCAGAGAGGACUUCAGCGGUCUAAGCGUAGCAGACGUAGGGCUGCGCGCCUCGGAUGUGAAGCAAUCAAUGAACUGCAAUAAACACUUUUGUAUAUAAGAAGAGAUAGGCGUUGGUCUUUUGUGAGCUGAGACUUGAGGCAGCCCUGACAAUUAUUAUUAUUAUUAUUAUUAUUAUUAUUAUUAUUAUUAAACUGUCACCUAAGUAACCAACUCGCAGGGCAAAUUGGUUCUUCCAGGGACCACCAGCUGAUAUCAUCUUUGCUCUUGCUGCUCCCCAAAGAAUGAAUCAAAGGGCUAGCGCCCUUCGGUGUUGCUCCUGCAGUGGAAAUCUUCUGCCAUUCACAAACCCAUAGUAAAGAGUUCCUGAGUCCAAGAGCUUCCUCUUCUCACUCUGCAGGGAUAAUUGAUGGUGGACAUUUCGUUUGCUUUUACAACGUCUGUUUCUGCAUUUCCUCAAUUGCUGAACAUAGAUUUAAUUAUUACCCCCCCACACACCUUUUGAACCUUUGUCUCGUUUAUUUAGCUGACACUAGGCAAUGCAAAGCCAGCCAGACAGAUCUGACCCACCCAAGUCUUCCCCAAUAAUCCUGGAAAUGCUUUAUUGGAGAAUAACCUGUCUUCAGGUGGAAGAAAUUGCCAGAGAUCUGAUGAUGUGUGCCAGCCUCAGUACCAGCCCAUGACAUUUUGUUGGAGUGGAGCCGAAGUAGAACACACACACACACAAACGCACACACCAGCAAGGACCAUCCCUUCCUUUUUAAAAAAAGUCUUGCUGCACCAUCCAGACACUGAUUCCUGCUUUCAUCUAUUCCCACCCCCCCACCCCUACUGCCUUCAUGGUGCUGUCUGAGCUUCACCCUGCAGCAGGGCAGGGCCAGCAUUUUGGGAAACAACCUAAAGACAGAGGUCAUUGUCACAGGGAGGUAGGAAACAGUCCCAAUCAAAAGAGGCUGGCUAUUGUGGGGGUGUCUCUGGCAAAAUGGGAAUCUCUUGCUGCAAAUGAUGCACGAGAGGCAUUGCUCCAGGCUGAUUAAAACAGCAGAGAUGAAAACCACGUGUAUCCCUUUCCACAGGCAUGACUCAGUUUUCUGAAAAGCGGAGUUAUUGUGCUCCACGCUGAUGAGGGCAAAACCUUAGGAAAACGAUAUAUGUUGGCUAGCUCUGGGUGAAAAUUGUACCCAAAUACGCUCAAUAACAAAUCUCACAAUACAAUGUCCUCCUCUUUAAAACAGCUGCAUGAAGGAAAAGCAGGGGAGCUCAGGGUCUCCUCGGACUGACAGAUUCACAGAUUUCUGAUACCCAUCAUUAAAUGGCAGCUAUUUCACCCAUGUUGUUUUCUGUACCUCCCAGUUAGUAAAAUCAACUUAAAGGAUGUGUUCUACUUGCUUGAAGGAACCUCCAGCCUGCCUGCCUGCAUGUGUGAUGUGCUCCACCUUUCCCAUGCCUGAUGUCAUCUAAGACGUCAGAAGCCAGAAACGUCCAGCCAUGGCUUUAAACGUAAGCUAAAUAUGGAGAAAAAGCAGGAAUGCACUUUUAAGUGUCCUCCCAAUUCUCUGCUUCAGAAAGAUGGUGCUUUUUGAAUUUGGCACCUUAUUCUGUUGCCCUCCCAAUCCUUUCCUUUGAAGUCGGGUCACCUGAUAGCAUGGUGAUGCCACAGGAGAUUGACAGGUGGGCGGACCCAUCAGUCAGAAUGGCCUGGCGUGGAGUCUGCCAGCCACAUCCUGUUCUCUACCUGGCUUAAAGGGAAGUUGCAGCUUCAAUAUUCCUUGCAUAUCUAGUCCUUCUGUAAUCAAGAUCAAUAGUAAUAUUGCUGGUAGCCUGAAGAGAAGUUCCCAGGAGCCUGGGGUUUAUUUUGUUUUUAAACAUCCCAUUAAUGUUAAAGUAAUGUGUUCAUUAAAGAGACUCACCCAUCCGCUGCCGAUUCGCAAACCUGCAACGUGGGGGGUAGCUGUGCAGCAAGAGGCUGGAGUGAUCAAGGUUUGCGCAAGGAAGAGAAAUGCUCCCAUCCACCAUGCAAAUACAGGAUCUACUGGAUUCUGUACCAUGAGAAUGAGAGCCCCGGUGGGUGAGCAGUCACAGGUAUACAAGCAAUCAUUUCGUAAAGGGAAACCUAUAAAAGUGUGAUCACAAGAUGGGAGAAUGAACGUGCAGAGGGCAAGAGUUUGGCAAAACACAAAUGUGCACACUCGGCUCCAAUCAAUGUAACACCUCUUCUUCAUCACACCUGAACCAACCUGCCUUUCCCUAGGAACAGAGGAAAUUGCCAUACUCUAAUUCAGGGGUUGUCAGCCUGGUCCCUACCGCCCACUAGUGGGUGUUUCAGGAUUCUAGGUGGGCGGCAGGGGGUUCUACGGCACAAGUUGAAUCCUCCUUCCAUCGAGCACUGGUGGGCGGUAAGGAAAUUUUACCAUCAAGAAAGGUGUAUUAGUGGGCAGUAGGUAUAAAAAGGUUGACCACUCCUGCUCUAACUACUGGGAAUAUUGGUAUGUUAUAGAGAAAUUGCGGCAGCGACCAGAACGCCUGGAUCAUUUGGGUGGCGGUGGGACAACCUUCAGCCUUCCUCAUUUGCUUUAACUUUUGCAUACGGUUUGAGUUCCAUCCCAUAUAAGACCACCCAGUUUUGGGGGGUUUUGAUAAGUUGUCCCAUUAACACGGGUUUCAAUGUUUUGAUAAUGCAACUGGUUGCUUUAGGAAGGCCUUCCUGCAGCUUCUCUGAUGCAUCGUUUGGGCACAGCGCAGAUUUCCCAGCAGGCUCAGAACUUUAAAAAUAGACUGGCAAAUUAAUGCUUCCAUAAAUGGACGACAACCCCUUGAUACACAGGUUGUGGGAUUAUUCCAGAAGUGGGUUCCCCCCCCCCUUUCCUACUUGGAUAAGCACAGCAUGCAGAACUUUAAUCAGAGACAAGAGCCUUACUAUGAAUAAUUUGGCACUAGAUCGGCUUCCCCGAAACACAGAGAGCACUGCAGGCAGCAGACAGGCUCCUACCACUGUGGCAAAGGCUGACUUAUUAUAGGCCAAAGAAAGUUAAGCCUCUCAACAGCAUGCAAGGCAUCAAGGGGCAGGAUUCAGCCAGUUACCCUAGCACAACUUUUAGCUGUAACUUUUAGCUAAAACUUUUAGUGUAACUUUUUCUGCUUUCAUUCCCUGCAUGCCCCCUAUAUCUGCUCUGAGGGUUCCCUCAAUUCAUUGCAGUAACAUAAAAUAAAGUAUUGCCUUCUUUAUUGUUUAAGAAUUGUUAAUAUUGUUUGCCACUGUUUAUGCGGCUGGUACGCUUUUCUUUGUUUUGCUUUUCCAUGGAUGUGAUAUUAAAUAUGAAGAUGAUUCCCCAUGGCAGCUGGGAUAGCUCAGUCGGUAGAGUGCGAGGCACUUAAAUCUCAGGUUCGGGGGUUCAAGCCCCACCUUGGGCAAAAGAUUCCUGCAUUGCAGGAGGGUGGACUGGAUGACCCUCGGGGGCACCCUCCAAGUCUAUAAUUCUCCCCCCCCCCCCCGCUUUUCCCCUUAUGGUAUUAUGUACUGUAUAUUUUUAUUUGCUGUGAGCCACUUGGAGACCUUCAGGGGACAAAAGUUUCAUAUAAAUAAACUAAAAUAAAAAUAAUAAAAUAAAAUCCAGUAAGUUUUGUAAUUGAUUUUAUUCCUAGGGGCUAGGGGAGCCAGUUUCUGUGCCAGCUCAGAUCUUUAUAUAAACACACAAGACGUAACCGGCUGUGCUUUUGAAUAAAUAAAGUAUACUAUUCAUUGUAUCAAAUUGUAGAUUUCAACGGAAGUCUCAUAAAGUUCAAUGAAAAAAGCAGAAGACCCAGUGGAUCAGUUCAUUCUCCAGUCAGUUCAUGCAUAAGGUCCAUACAUGUAUAAGUGUCUAUUCUACCUGUCUGUUCAUAGAGUCCAAUAAUAUACAUGAAGGGUUGUUGCAGUUUCACAGAAUCUAAGACAAGGAUUUCCGGAAUAUUAGCCUUGUUUCAUCACCCUAGGCUGCAACUACUACUAUGCUAUAAGAUCCACUAUCCUGUAAUACAGUGGUACCUCGGGUUACAUACGCUUCAGGUUACAGACUCCGCUAACCCAGAAAUAGUGCUUCAGGUUAAGAACUUUGUUUCAGGAUGAGAACAGAAAUCGUGCUCUGGCGGCGCGGCAGCAGCAGGAGGCCCCAUUAGCUAAAGUGGUGCUUCAGGUUAAGAACAGUUUCAGGUUAAGAACGGACCUCCGGAACGAAUUAAGUACUUAACCCGAGGCACCACUGUAAUAUUACAUAUGAGCCUAUUCUACUGAUGAAGCCUAGGAUGACGAAACAAGGCCAUUUUCCAGAAGUGACGCUUUGUUUCCCCCCUCAAAAUGCACCACACUUGGGGCGUGUGGAAUCCCUCAAACGCUGAGCCCAACCCAAAGCCCCUUAAAAGCUGACAAGUCAAGUAGAUGAAGUUGCCUGAAGAGGUCCAGCGAGCGACGAACUCCGACGCCCCCAUGUACUUGACAACUGCCAAAAUCGUGUCUGCUGUACGUAUGGCAAUAGCAAAGUUCAUCGCACAGCGAACAACCAUCCACAUGCCUGGUUUUGUGACGGCAUUGCCAUAUGGAUACAGAAAGGAAAAUGUCAGUUCAUCCCACCCACCACCAUGCCGAUCUACAGAUCCCAAAAGGGAGGUAAAUUUAGGUUGCAUGUCUUUUUCAAUCUUCUUUAAAUAAAAGAGAAGUUCAGGGACACAAGCAAUAGCCAACAAGCAUUUUCUGUCCAAGGGGUUGGAGCUGGCUCAAGUCUGCAGGAAGCCAAACCUGGGUCUGUACCCUGGAAGGAACAUUCUCCAACCCAGAAUCUUCAGAGGUCAGUUGUAGGAGCCAGAACCUGAAAUGUUGUAGGCAGAAGAUCCUGCUGUAGUGACGAUGGAAAAGCACGAAUCAAGAUCGCUGUUCUACCUAGCUGAGUAUUCUUGAUGUUGGCAGGCACUAGCUUUGACAUUUAAAGCCCUAAGCGGCCUUGGCCUUUUAUACCCAAAGGAGCAUCUCCACCUCCAUCGUCCAGCUCUGAGGGCCUUCUGGCGGUUCCCUCCCUGCGAGAAGUGAGGUUACAGGGAAACAGGGAGAAGGCCUUCUCAGUGGUGGCACCCGCCCUGUGGAACGCCCUCCCGUCAGAUGGUAAGGAAAUAAAGAACUAUCUGACUUUUAGAAGACAUCUGAAGGCUGCCAUGUUUAGGGAAGCUUUAAAUGGCCGAGGUUGUAUCGUGUUUUUAAUAUUUUGUUGGGGGAUGCAUGGGGAGAAAAGAGAGAAGGAAAGACUCAUUGCACAGCUGAAGGUCCUUGUGCUAACAGAAUGACUGUGAUGAAUAUUGCCUAGUAUAUUUAUGGAAUACAAAAUGUACAAAGCUGCUUUCGUUUUUUAAAACUAAGCUUUUGCAAGUCGGGAAAAAUCGGAGAGUUGGUUACAGAAACCACCCACACUGUAGUAAACAAAAGGAAGUUUUUAUUAUCUAUACUUAAUCUGUUAUUCUUACUGUCAUCAUCAAUCCAGAAAGAAAAGAAACUAUAUUUUUUAAAAAAUCUGCAGCACCUGUUUACUGCUAAGUGACGGGAAGAAACAUACAAGGCACAGUCUUGGUUUCAAACUGGUGCCAGCUCUUGGGGUGGGGGUGGGGGAGAGACCCCAAUCAGUGCCUGUCUCCAGCCUUGACAGAUCGUGGUAUUAAGUAAAUCUGGGUAUUGUAAACAACUUCAAAGCAAUGAUGUGCCUACAAAAUCAGCCACAUGAAUCCAUGUAUCAUUUACAAAAUAAGUAAGACAUUUUCUCUAAUAAUAAUCAGUUUUUGAAGAUCCAUAGCUUCAGAUUCCAGACUUUCAUUUUUAUAUCCAUGGAUUUCAGGGAACUGAAAGUUUGCAGAGAUCGAAACAAACUACCUUGUGUCUUGAUGUGAUACGCAGUGCUAAAGUUAGCUAGCAGUUCCCAGUUUUCAGUUCCUCAUCUGGACCAAAGUUCGAAAAACAACUCAUUCAGAAGAGGAACUAAAGGGAAUGAGCGAAUUAGCUAUGAUCAGAGUAGAUCCAGUAAAAUCAACAGGCUAAAUUUCAGUGGGUCUACUUUUCAGUAAGAUUUACUUGGGCAUCACCCAAUAUGCCCCAAGACCUCAAAAUAAUGUUUGCACUACCAAAAAUCAUAAGCUUCCAUGACUGGUAAGACUCCCCCUUCAAGAUCCACAAUAAAUGUCUACAGUCAUAACAGUCAUGUUUGCACAAUGCUCAUAAAUGCACAAUGGCCUCUGAUAACAAAUAAGGAACUGGGUGUGUGCACCUCCAAAUCAUGGGAACCAUUUAUUCAGCUUGUAGUAUUUCCAAACAGAGACCAGUUCCCUUCCCACCUGCAGAAAAUGGAUGGAAUCAGAAGCAGGUAAGAACUACAACAUCCAUUAGCUGCAGAAAAUGAUCAGGGAUGAUUGGAGGCCACAGGCUAGUCCCCAGCCCCACCCCAAAAUAAGAGAGAUGCUGUGGGUGUUCAUUCAUUGGAGAGGAGGCCUUGUGUGACAAAUAUCAAGUUUCACAGAGCUGAGGGGGUGCAGAAGGGAACUUUCUAAUCUUGCCAUUCUCAAUUUGUCCCUUAUGCCUCUUUUAGUAGGCUUAUCUCCCUCUUCCUCCACUCCCCGUGACUUCAGGCAUCGUUUUAAGAAAAUUCCAUCCAUAGCAAAAUAUAAUUUGGGCUGUUGGGAUCUGGAGAGAAAUGUUUGAACAAGCCUGUCAUAAGCAGCUUCAGACAAAAGAACGAUACCUUUUAAUUUGCUUGGCAGGCUUCUCCUAUCGAGGCACCAAUCCAGUGCCAACUUUGCUGGAAGUUGGGGUCCCCACUGACACGGAGAGGAUAUUUUCCGAGUAAACAAGGCCACAGCUGUCGAGCUGUACACAUCAAAUACCUGCAAGGAACUCACUCCCCCCCAAAAAGUGUUGCAACUUUUCAAAAGGUCAACUCUCUACAAGUGGAAAACUGCAGCACCCUAAAGACCCAACUAAUUUAUUAUGGCAUAAGCUUCCGUGCGUGAUGAAGCAAACCUUAGUCCACGAAACAUUAUGCCAUAAUAAAUUAAGUCUUCAAUUGCUGCAGGACUUGUUUCCCCCCUGAAACGCACUAAGGCAGGUACCCUUCUGGAAGCACUUUCAGGUAGAGGCCUCCUCACUCCCCAUCGCAGCCACCUCUUUACAAAGACGUCCGUUUUUUCUUGCUCUUGAAAGCGUGCUGGUGAACUCUCAGCCGCUGAUGAACAGAGGAAGCAGUCUUCAUAGAAGUCUUCUUUCCAAAGGCUUUCCCCACGGCUCCAGGUUUCCAUAGCAACAACUGCGCAUCCUCUCCACCGGUCAGCAAAGAAUCAUCUGCCACGUUCCAGCAGAAUGAGCGGACGGGAGCAAAGUGUCCCUCCUGAAGGACUCCUACAGAACUCAGGCCACCAACCCCACAGUCCAGGAGGCAGAUGUUUCCUGAUGACGUUCCCCCAACAACAACCAACUUGUCCAUCGUUUCAUGGUACAAGCCACCGAUUAAGUAGUCCACCUCGGUGCUUUGUCCACUUCCUGCUUCUCGGGCGUCUGGAACAUGCAGCAAUGUGACUGGCUCCUCGGUCUCCAGCUGGGCGAGAUCCCACCGACAAAACCCUUCGUCGUGCGUCGUGCAAUAGACCUGCCGGUAAUCUUUUCCGGACCACCCGACGGAACUGACCGACGAGUCCGAGUUGCAAGUAGCAACCAGCGCAUCCUCUUCGCUGUCCUUGUUAAUGUCAAACACGUUCACCAGCCCGUCGGUUGACCCAGAAACUACCAGGUUCUGUUUGAUGGGGUGGAAACGAAUUUUGGUGAUGUCAUCGUUGUGGGUCUCCGAGUAGAAGCCCAGAGGCUCUUUGCUGGAAGCUACACUACUCGCGCAGCUGCGAGCAUCCCAGAAGGCCAUGAACACAUCGUCCCCCACUUUUUCCGUUCCAGCGCAGACUAUGAGGUCGUUGCAGCUUACGUCAAAGCUAAUGAAGACAUUUGAAAGGGAGCCACGGAACAACUGCGUCGGCCCUGCGGUCGCCAAGCGCGUGUCCCAGCAUUUCACUGUUCCGUCGCUGCAAGCGGAGAACAACACACUUUCACACGCGUGUGCGAAUCGGACGCCGCUGAGCAGCCCGGGACGGCUGCUAUAUUCCCGCAGCAAAGUGAGCGUCUCUCUGUUGUAAACCCUGAUUGAUUUAUCGGAACACGAAACGGCCACCAACUGGCUCCCUCCGCCUCUUGAAAUAUCCAAGUCCAACAGAUAAGUGGGGUCUUUUGCCAGUGCACACCGUUUUGCUAUUUGGAGACUGGAAAACUGCUCCUUGAUCUUCUCCAUAGCAACUGCGACUAAAACUGCAUCCUCAAGAAGGUAGAGGUCUGGAAAAUAGAAAUAAGACCAAAUUAAAUAAGGUCUCCACUGUUAAUCCUUUCAAGAGCACUUUUCGGCACAAUAAAGGUUCCGCUAGUGGUUUAAAUCAAGGGUAGUCAGCAUGUUUAUGCUUGAGAGCUGUUAUUACUAUCCUGACAGUGGUUUUGGGAAUGGAGGGAGCAUUGCGCUCUGGAAACGGACCUUUUCAAGUGCCAUAAUAAAGUUGGUGUCCUCCAACGGUUUGGAGUGUGUCCUCUGAGGCAUAGCCAGGGCAUUCCAAACAAAAUCCAACAGAGAUAGAUAUCAACACUUUAAAGCAUGCCAUUUCUCACUUUUUCCCCUUAUGCUUGAGGUUUGGGGCAAACUUCAACCAGAGCCUGAAUGCAAUUAUCCAGAGCCUUUAUGGGCCAGGUGAAAUUGGCCAUUCCUAGUUUACAAGUCAGUGUAGAAGUAAAUACUCCUAAAGGCCAGUUUUAAAACACUGCUAAGACCCAGGUAAGGGAUGCGGGUGGCGCUGUGGGUUAAACCACAGAGCCUAGGACUUGCCGAUCAGAAGGUCGGCGGUUGCGAAUCCCCGCAACGGGGUGAGCUCCCGUUGUUCGGUCCCUGCUCCUGCCAACCUAGCAGUUCAAAAGCACGUUAAAGUGCAAGUCUCUGGCGGGAAGGUAAACGGCGUUUCCGUGCGCUGCUCUGGUUUGCCAGAAGCGGCUUAGUCAUGCUGGUCACAUGACCCGGAAGCUGUAUGCCGGCUCCCUCGGCCAAUAAAGCGACAUGAGCGCCACAACCCCAGAGUCGGCCACGACUGGACCUAAUGGUCAGGGGUCCCUUUACCUUUACUUUAAGACCCAGGUAAGAAUAAAACCAAUGCAACACAAUACAACCCAAAUCAUCGUCAGCAUAACAUCGCCACUCAGUAAAAGAUGAUGGACUACUAGCAAACCACACAGGCAAAGACAAGCCAACUGACAUCGUUGUGAUGUCAGGUGACUGACAGGUGGGUAGCCCCACCUGCCCGUCCCUAAGGCAUCUCCAGCCAAAUGUUCCUCCAGUUUCCAUUCAGAAGAAAAAGAAGUGAUGAAGCCAUCAGACAUUUGAGGAGCAUUUCCCUGGACUUCCUCAAGAGACAUUGUGGAGAUCUGGAAGGAGAACAGAUCUGGAGUUCUUCCAGGGUACUAUUGUAUAAACCUGCACUUAUGUUUCUUAAAAUAAUAAAAAAAGUCAUUUCCACAUUUUCUGGGGCAAUGUUUACAUGUCCUUGCUGUCGGAGGGCAUCGCCUUCCAGAGGAAAGGGCAGCAUCCCACACAAUGGGGUAAUAACCAACGAGGGUGUAUUUUUGUCGACUGCCACAUCUCAUUAAGUCGCGCCGCGGACAUGUGGCAAAAUGUCAGCUGGUGAAAACGGAAUCCUACCUCUCGUUAGGAAUGCCCGGCUGAAGGUUAAACAAACAAGCCAGGCAGAGAGUCCAGGGUGUAGCCAGAGGCUCUUCCUCUUCGGAAGAGGAAGCCGCUGCGAGACUUUGAUGGGAAGAGUUUCAAUAGGAGGCAGGAGAAGGCCCUCCCUCCCCCCCUUCUACCCACUGGGUCACAUUUAUGGGAGAAUUAGGGAAGUCGUGAUCUUCCAUGCACAAUGGGAAAUUAAGAGCUGGGAGGCAGCCAGCUGCAGACAUUGCCAGGGCAGAUGGGAAGCCUGCAAAUGCAAGAUCCAGUCUGCGGCUGCUGUUUUCACCUAUUAAUUUCAAGGUGAUUAAUCCCAGGGUUGUUAGUAGCUCGACUCCCCUUUUGCCUGCAUUCCCCCCCCCCCUUCAUAUAUAUAUCAAGUUUUUCUGGGCAAAACGCAGUUUCUGGAUGUUAUGAAAGAGGGAGUGGGUGGCUGUGUCAGGGAAAGAAUACAUGGCAAAGAGAGAUCUGCAUUGGCUCCCAGUACGUUUCUGAGCACAAUUCAAAGUGUUGGUGCUGACCUUUAAAGCCCUAAACGGCCUCGGUCCAGUAUACCUGAAGGAGCAUCUCCACCUCCAUCGUUCAGUCCGGAUACUGAGAUCCAGCGCCGAGGGCCUUCUGGUGGUUCCCUCAUUGCGAGAAGUGAGGUUACAGGGAACCAGGCAGAGGGCCUUCUCAGUGGUGGCACCCGCCCUGUGGAACGCCCUCCCACCAGAUGUCAAAGAGAAAAACAACUACCAGACUUUUAGAAGACAUCUGAAGGCAGCCCUGUUCAGGGAAGCUUUUAAUGUUUAGGUUAUUUUAAUAUUCUGUUGGGAGCUGCCCAGAGUGGCUGGGGAAACUCAGCCAGAUGGGUGGGGUAUAAAUAAAUUAUUAUUAUUAUUAUUAUUAUUAAUUAUUAAGGGUUAAUGCUCAAGGCUCACGUUCAGUCCUCAGACCACACAGGGCGGGGUUAAACUGCCCCCAGAGUCCCAACUCUGGGUCCUGUUCCUUUGGCCCAAUGUCCAACCGUUGAGUUGAGCACCUCGCUUCAGCAACCUCUAUCCCGUAAAUCAUGGGCGGCGAAACCAGCUGCCUCCCCUCUGCUGUGGUUAGACUGCGAUUCCCAACAGCCCCCAGCAUGGCCAAUGGGCAUGGAUGAUGGAAGUUGUAGUCCAACAAUACUGGCUUAAAUACUGCUUUUCACACAUCCCCCUGCUUUUCCCCUUUGUUUCAAUCUGACUAUCAUCAAAUCAGGAGGGAACUCAAAGGUCAUCCAUCACAAGAAUAAGGAAGGCACAUGCAGCACCCAACCGUGGGACCAAAGCCUCUCUCUGCCACAGACAGAGCCCUGUUCAGAGGUCAACAAAUUUGGGGUUGCCUUAGUGACCAACAAACGGUUUGUCUUCGCCAGCACAUGUCCCUGCUUGUCCCUGAAACAGAAUUGUUCCGCCUGGCCUUUGGCUUGGAAUCAGCUUGAUCCCCUCCCCCUCUUUCCUUUUUCCUUCUGUGAUGGAACUCAUAUUUGGGGACUUCCCUGGCUUUUUUCUGGCCCACGUAGUUACCAGUUUGGAUAGUUGGCCUUGGUGAAGAUUUGACAUUUUUAUCCCCAAAAAGUUUUUGAUUUGAGUUUCUACUGAAAUGAGGCUGCAUUUUAAUGUUGUACUUAAUCUUGUUUUUAAGUUGUAUUUUAAUCAAUUGUUUUUAAACCUGGUGUUAGCUGCCCUGAGCCCGGGGCUGGGGAGGGCGGGGUAUUAUUAUUAUUAUUAUUAUUAUUAUUACGUCCCUGAAACAACCUCCUUGUUUUCUUCCUCCAGCCUGGAGCAACAGUGACCUGGAAGGGACAGAAACAAGCCCCCAUGCACUCACUGAAGCCAAAGAGGGGCAACCGAAGUUUGCUCUAGAUCUUUGCUUGCAUCUUGCAGAGAUCCACAACCAACUUCCAGACUUCCACCCAAGUUUGGGGCUAGGACCGUCAGCUUGUCUCUCUCACCACAGCCCAGCUGAACUCCCACCAUGGUAGAGAAGCCAAGCUGGACUGUCAAACCAUGGCCAGGUCUCUUGUCUUGCAGAGGGGACACCCCCUUCCACUCUGUUGCCUCUCCUGAAGUCACUAUGAAAUAAAUAAACAAACUAUCCACCCCC